GCACUUGGGACAGCCGUGAAGUUUGACCCAUGUGGGUGUGAGCGCUCGCCUCCAGCAUCACGUCACAGAUAGGCUUGUUCUGAAGCGCUUGGAAUAAUGUUAUAAAUCACUGGCCAGUGGGGCGGAAUGUAUUGAGUAGCAGGGACCUUACAGCCUAACUGGAUACACACUCACCCUUGUUGGAACACCAAAACAGGCUGACACACCGCCGUGCAUUGAGCCUCGUUGACAAGGAUUCUUUCAAAUAUAACCCUCAUUACGAAGAGCUGUGGACCAACACAGUGGCUGUGUUUCUUUAAAGGGGUUGUGAUCGUAUCCGCAGGAAAACCACUAUUUCAGAAAAAAGAGGAUUUCUUUCCUAAGACCAGCAGUAUGAUUUGUUAUAUAUUGAUUAUGUGCUGUGGACUUGCUGGAAACGUACUGUCUAAGGGCUCUCGCUCGAGCUCCAGACUGAACUCCCCAGUGCUGAGCGUGACCAGCAAGCAGCUUGUCAUCCAGGCCAGCCAGACUCUGCAGCUGCAGUGCAAGGGGAAGGCACAGCUUGCCUGGACGACGCCCGAUAGAGUUCAUCCAGAUCAAGGCAGACUGAGCAUCAAGGAGUACAGGUGUGGAUCCCAGGACAAGCUGUACUGCAGCAGCCUCACCCUGAGCGGGGCCUCAGCGCGGGACACGGGAGCCUAUGCCUGCAAAUACUCCACCAAGAUGAGAAAGAGACAGGCAGCUGUGUAUGUUUACAUCAGAGAUGCGCUGAAGCCCUUCUUGGAGCUGCACAGUAACAUCCCGGAGGUUGUCUACCUGACAGAAGGAAGCAAGCUUAUCAUCCCUUGCAGAGUGACUGCGCCUGACAUCCCCGUCACGCUAAAGAAGUUCCCAGAAGAAAGAUUGAUCCCCGAUGGCAAAAACCUUAUCUGGAACAGCAAACACGGAUUCAUCAUCCCUGAUCCCACGUACCAGUUUAUAGGACUUCUGUCAUGCGAGGCCACCUCCAACGGGGUUCUCUACAGCACCAAAUAUUUAACACACAGACAAGCAAAUACAAUCUUUGACGUGUACCUCAACGCCACUAACCCACUCAAGAUGCUGAGGGGAGAGACGCUAGCAAUUAACUGCACUGUUACUGCGGAGUGGAAUGCCAGGGUCCAGAUCACCUGGGACUAUCCAGGCAAGGGAAACAGUUCUGCUCUCAUCACCAAUAGAAUUGAUCAGAGCAGCUCCAACAUCUUCCACAGUGUCCUGGUCAUCAAGCAGCUGAAGGACACUGACAGGGGCGUGUACUCCUGCAAUGUGCAGAGCGGCCCUUCCACCAGAGACACAAACACCACCCUCGUUAUUUAUGACAAACCCUUCAUCAGUGUGAAAUACAGACACAGGCCUACAGUGGAGGUGGCUGCUGGUCAGGACUCCUUCAGGCUCUCCAUGAAAGUGAAAGCAUUCCCCUCCCCGGAGGUUGUGUGGCUUAAAGAUGGAAUGAUUGCUGCUGAGAAGUGCGCUCGCUACAAGAUUGACGGAUACACCUUAAUCAUCAGAGACGUGUCUGAAGAAGACGCUGGGAGUUACACCCUAAAGCUGGGGAUCCAGCAGCACAAUCUGUACAGGAACCUGACUGUCUCCCUGGUUGUUAAUGUGAAGCCCCAGAUUGGUGAAAAGGCCGUGUCCUAUCAAGACCCUGGCACCUACCCUGUGGGCAGCAAGCAAGCACUGAUCUGCACUUCCCAUGGCUUUCCACUGCCCAGAAUCCAGUGGCUGUGGCACCCGUGCGCUCGGAAUAACACGAAGGGACUCUGCAAACUGCCACCUUCCACCAAGAGAACCCUUCUGCCAGUGCCUCCGAACUACAACCACACCGGCAACAGGAUUCUGAGCAUCACUGAGAGGACAGAGGUGUUUGAAGGGAAGAACAAGACGGUGGGGGUCCUGGUGCUGGCUGAGGCACAGGUUUCUGGGGUCUAUCGCUGCUUGGCUACCAACAAGGUGGGGAAGGACAGAAGAAACAUCCACUUUAUCGUCACAGAGGUGCCCAAUGGGUUCAGCAUUGAACUGGAGAGGGUCCCCACUGAAGGGGAAGACCUGAGACUAGCCUGCAAAGCCAACAGGUUCUUAUACACCGACCUUGCCUGGACCAUGGAGAGUGGGGCUGACAGCGGAGCUAGCCUGGCCCUUCCUAACAGCAGAGAGGAGGUGCAGGGGGAGUACUCAGACACCGUGCUCUUGAAGAUGAGGAACGUCUCCCAAGAGCACUCUGCCACCUACGUCUGCACAGCGAGACACGGGCGCACUGGGAAAGAGGUGCGCCUGGAGAAGAGGAUUGACAUCAUAGCCCAGGAAGCCCCUCUCCUGCUACGGAACCUGAGUGCCCAGCAGGUGAAUGUGAGCAGCUCCAUCACUCUGACCUGCCCGGCUGAGGGGGUCCCAAACCCACACAUCACCUGGUAUAAAGACAGCCUGAAACUACAGCAGGGAUCAGGCAUCAUCCUGGCACCGGGUGGCAACCUGACCAUCGAGCGGGUCAAAGAGGAGGACGAGGGCGUGUACAAGUGCGAGGCGACCAAUCAGAAAGGGUCUGUGGAGAGCUCCGCCUACAUCGCCGUCCAAGCUGCUAACCAAAGUGGAGUUCUUGCUCUGGCUGGGAGAGCAGACUCUGCAGAGAAGUCCAAUAUGGAGCUGAUAGCGCUGAGCUGCUCCUGUGUGGUCGCCACACUCUUCUGGCUGUUCCUGACUCUCUUCAUCCGCAAGCUGAAACGGCCCAGUUCUGCGGAGGUGAAGCUGGACUACCUGUCGAUCAUCAUGGAUCCAGGUGAGGUGCCCCUGGACGAGCAGUGUGAGAGGCUGCCCUACGACGCCAGCAAGUGGGAGUUCCCACGAGACAGACUCAAGCUAGGAAAGUCCCUGGGCCGCGGUGCUUUUGGGAAGGUGGUGCAGGCAGCAGCGUUCGGCAUCAAGAAAUCAUCUACCUGCAGGACUGUGGCUGUCAAAAUGCUCAAAGAGGGCGCUACAGCCAGCGAGUACAAAGCCUUGAUGACAGAGCUGAAGAUCCUGAGCCACAUUGGACACCACCUCAAUGUGGUGAAUCUGCUGGGAGCCUGCACCAAGUAUGGAGGCCCUCUGAUGGUGAUCGUGGAGUACUGCAAGUACGGAAACCUCUCCAACUACCUCAAGAGCAAGAGAGACGUGUUUGUGCAGCACAAGGACUGGGCCCUGCAGACCGAGCCGAUGAAGGAAGAUGCACCGGCAGCAGGAGCUCAGAAGCAGCGCCUGGCCAGCAUGACGAGCAGCGAGAGCUUGGCCAGCUCGGGCUUUGAGGAAGACAAAACCCUGAGCGACAUCGGAGAGGAAGAGGAGGAUGCUGAUUCCUUCUACAAUAAAGCGAUUGCGAUGGAGGAUCUGAUUUCCUACAGCUUCCAAGUAGCGCGGGGCAUGGAGUUCCUGGCAUCCCGAAAGUGCAUCCACAGAGACUUGGCAGCAAGGAACAUCCUUUUAUCUGAGAACAAUGUGGUCAAGAUCUGUGACUUUGGCCUGGCUAGAGACAUUUAUAAGGAUCCUGAUUAUGUCAGAAAAGGAGAUGCCAGGCUUCCUCUGAAGUGGAUGGCCCUGGAAUCCGUUUUUGACAAGCUCUACACGACUCAGAGUGAUGUGUGGUCCUAUGGAGUGCUGCUGUGGGAGAUCUUCUCUUUAGGAGCUUCUCCGUAUCCUGGCGUCCAGAUCGAUGAAGAUUUCUGCCGCAGACUCAAAGAAGGGACAAGAAUGCGAGCUCCGGAGUAUGCAACACCAGAAAUUUAUAAGACCAUGCUGUCGUGCUGGGAGAGUGACCCGAAGGAACGGCCGACCUUUUCUGAGCUUGUGGAGCGGCUGGGGGAUCUGCUUCAAGCCAAUGUGCAGCAGGAUGGAAAAGACUACAUUCCCCUCAAUACCCUCCUGACAUCGAGCAGCCCCGCUGCCUGCUCCAGCUCCUCAUCCUCGCACUGCUCUGUGGAGGAAGAGGCUCAGGACUCGGACUCCACGUUCAGCUAUGAGUGCUCAGGGGGCUUUGGAUACAUGAACACACGGAGGGCACAGGAGUUUAACACAUUCGAAGAGUUCUCGCUGAGGGACAGAGCGCUCCCUCAUCAGGAUUACCAGACGGACAGUGGGAUGGUCCUGGCCUCUGAAGAGUUCAAGUGCCUGAUGUGGAGCAGAGGCAAACCAAGACACUCCUCCUCCCAUUCCUUUGGAUUGAAAGCCGCAAGCAAACGCAAGGAGCCCGUUCAGUCAAACACGUACAUCAGCAGCUGUGCUCUCAGGGAGCAGGACUGUGGAGCAGCCUCCUGCAGCAGCUCCAUGCAGGAACCCUGCUGCUCCCCACCCCCCGAUUACAACGCAGCAGUCUCCUUCUUCCCACCACUAUAAGACCUUUUUUUAUUUCCCUUUUUAUAAACAUGUAUUUCUAAGGUAUGUGUUUUACUAACACUGGCUUCCGGGACCACUUACUGACUGGAGCAGCUCCUUUUCAUACUGCACUUUCUUUAAGGGUUAGAGAACAUCGCCUCGCUCUCCUGGUGGUGUUGCUUUGCUGUGCAGUCUUGCAUUCUUGUUGGCACAGUAUUCUCUAGUCAAAGCCAGCGCAGUUCUGGAUUUCUCUGCUGAUUUCUUUAUGUCAUUUCAGCUCAGCAGUGACUUAGGGGUCACAGCAUGUUACUGGGGAAUCAGCGAGUUGAUUAAUGACAGUAAAGGAGCUGUUGAAGGACAGAUUCUCUGAGCAGCUUAUGAAGAACUUGUUACCCUAGUGUUGAACCAAAUACGUAGUUUCAAAUGCUAUUUUAUUUCCGUUAUUCAUUGCCUUGCUGUUUUAUGGUGUUUGCCAAUCUUUCUGGGUUGUCGCUCCAAUAUAAUAUUUUUUAUAACAUAAUAUCUCCAACUGUGGGUUCUAAACUGGGUCUUUGUGAACACUGAGCAGGCAGUGCUGGCAGAGUUGAAAGGUCACAUUGUCAUAUGUUUUUUAAUGGAAUGAGGGAAGGGUGUUCAUUAACCCGUAAACUAGUAAAGGAAAUUAAAAAUGUUAUUUGAUUUGAAGCUACUUACUCAUUAUUACUGGCCUCCCUUUUUAAUGUGUUGAAAAUCUGUUAGUUCUUUGGCUUAAAAAAAAAAAAAAUCAAUUAGUCUUUGCAAAGAACCAAGUGUGUUCAAAACAAGGUAAGGGGAGGAUAAGGGGCAGUGGAUGUGAACCCCUUUGGUACACGAGGAAUUAAGCAGUGGUUCAAACGCUUUCUUAAAGUACAGGGUGAUUAGAAAGUAAGUUUACCACAUCAAUGCACCAUAUCAUUGAGUGGUAAGCUUACUUUCUAAUCACCCUGUCCAUUGUCAAUGAAACUGGUUUGUAGGUUUGCUGUUUAGUAGGCAUGGCUCAGCCUUGACUAAUUUAUAUAUAUAUAUAUAUAUAUAUAUAUAUAUAUAUAUAUAUAUAUAUAUAUUCAAAUUACAACUGCAGUACAGCUACUAAGUAUUCAAUUAUCUGCGCUUAAUAAUGUUUUAUAUUUUUAUACAAGAACUAAAAGUGAUGUGCUGUUAGGGCAGAUUAUAACUCAAUAGCUAUUUUACGUUUAAGUUGAUAAUAUCAGUAUUAUUGUGUAUAGGAACAAGAUUAUUUAAUUUUUUUAAACUGUAUUUAAUAAUAAAACUUGUACAGAGACUUUGGAACUCACCCAUGUGUUACCUCUAUUCUCGCAUGUAUAUACGAGUAACGGCUGCAUACUUAGUUGCCCACGGAAGUAAUGUCACUGCAGCAAAAACGGCAUGUGCAAAAAUAAACUGAGGACAGAGGCACAUCCGUGCCACAGCUCUGAAUAUAUCAAUAGAGCUGAUCAGUAAAUACCAUGAAGUGGGCGCAUCAUACAUGGGAUCAGUCAACUACCUUUAGCAGAUGCUGGGUAUGUAACAUCAAUGCGCCACAUCGGUCACUUUUGUUUGUAAUGGUAACUGUUUUGUAGAAGAAAUAUUCAUGGAAGCAGUAACAAACUACAGGGCGUCCAGUCACGCUGUAAAGCCCAGAGUGUAUUUCAUUAUAAAUCACUUGAGAAAUCAUCCUCCGGUAAGGGGCUGUCAGAACUCCAGAACCUCUUUUCUGUGUAGAUGUUAUCACGUGCACAGAGCGACAUGUUUCACUCAUAGAAUUCCAGAACCUCUAUUUUUCUGUAUAGAGUUAUCAUGCUCACAGAACAUGUUUCAUUCAUAGAAUUCCAGAACCUUUUUUCUGUGUAGAGAUGUUCACGCCCACAGAACAUGUUUCGUUCAUAGCAGUUCCCGAGCACACUCUUCAUUUUUGUGAUUGAUGAGGAGUUAUUACAUCAUGUGUACAGGGUGUCUUUAUAUGUUUUAUAGCAGAAAUCAUUUUGAAUGAUUUGAACAGCCAGACACCGCACAAGUGAUGUAUUAACUAUAGUAUGACCGGACACCAUGGAGUGUGCUAUUGAUCUUAUAAUAUGGCAGAAGAAACACUAGGGGCUCAAUCCUAUUGCACGGUCAUAUAAGGAAUAUGCGAUGGGAUGUUGCUUGCCACUCUACGCUGUUUUAUAAAUAGACAUUACAUACACACACAAACUGUUUUAAUUGUUUUCUGGAAAACAAAAACAGAUCCAUUGCCAGAUAUAAUCUAAGAUGACGGUAUAACAAAAUUAUGUUUUGACAAAAGUCUAAAUGGGGAAUCUUUCACCUCACUAAAACAGGGAAUAAGGAAUUGUUAUUUUAAAGCUGGGACUCAAAAAAGGAAAGUGGAACUUGCAAGUAUGUUAUUGCUGUAUUGCACUCAAUAUUCAUUUGUACAUAAAAUAUUUACAUAUUGAGAACUGGAAACUUUUUAAAAUGUAUUAGUAUUUUUUAUCCUUGUAAACAGGAAUAUGCUAAAAAUAAAAUUGUAUAAUUCAUAAAUGUACUACCAAUUAAAUGUAUAUAAUAAAAUAUUUCCAUAUACCAAG